AUGAGGAAUUACAAAAGAAAAACAAACCGUGCCAAUAAACCUGUUGAAUUGAUGCAGCAAGCAAUGAAUUUAGUUCUACAUGAAAACAAGUCAUUAGGAGAAGUUUCUCGAAUGUUUGAAAUAAAUAAAACUUCAUUAUCAAGAUUUAUGAAACGUAUAAAAGAUAAUCCUGCAGAUGUGAGAUUUGGCUAUAGUACUCCAAGACAAGUUUUUAAUAAGGAACAAGAAUCCAGAAUCACAGAAUACUUGCAUAAACUUGAACAAAUUUUCCAUGGCAUAGGUUCAAAAGAAGUUCGCCGCAUGGCUUAUGAUUAUGCAAUUAAACAUAAAAUAAAGACACCAGAAACAUGGCGCGCAAAUAAAAUGCCUAGUAGGGAUUGGGUAUCUGUUUUCCUUACACGAAACCCAAGCCUUUCAAUCAGAAAAAAACCUGAAACAGUCAGAAUCAAGGCUAUGUCAUUCAACAAAACUAAUGUGCAAGAAUUUUACACGAAAUUAGCAAAAAUUUUGGAUCAGUUUAAAUUCACAGCUUCUGCUGUAUGGAAUGCAGAUGAAACUAGUGUAUCGACUGUUAACAAACUAUCAAAUAUAAUUGCAGAAAAAGAAAAGAAUAAUGUUACUGUAUUACUUGCAGUCUCGGCUUUAGGUUCAUUCGUUCCACUUAUGUUUAUAUUUCCUUGUGAAAAGUUUGAAUACCAUUUUAUUCGAGAUGGUCCUUCUGAUUGCAUAGGAGCUGGGAAUUCAAGCGGUUGUCUUACUCAUGACGAGUUUUUUAUGUAUAUUCAACAUUUUAUCAAGCACGUUAAGGCCAGUAAAGAAUCACCAGUUUUGUUGAUUUUGAACAACAACUUUUCAUUAUCCAUGUCUAUACCUACACUGGACCUUGCUGAUGAAAAUGGCGUGAUAAUGCUUUCUAUUCCUCGACAUUGCUCUCAGAAAAUGCAACCGCUUGACGUUGGAGUAUAUGAACCUUUUAAAACAUAUAUGUCAUCUGCUAAAGUUGCAUGGAUGCAGAAUAAUGCUGGGAAGACAAUGACGAUAUAUGAUGUCCCUGAAAUCGUUCGGAUUGCUUUACCAUUAGCUUUAGAACCUAAUAAUAUAGAGAAUGGGUUUGAAAAAAACUGGCGUAUUUCCCUACAACCAAAAUAA